AUGUCCACGUUAUGGAUUCGUAGACAACGUAGCCUCGAUUUUGUUCGAAGUGCUACCAUUCACUAUAAACGUGAAGUAGCAUCUGACUCUAAUUCUGAACUGUCCACGGCAAAGGGUUUAUUAAGAGAACUUGCACGUCAGGAAGGAAAUUACGAUCGCGGAAGGUUGAAGGAGCUCAACAAUGUGUUUAGUAGAUUAGGAACUUCGGCUCCACUCCAGACACCCGAACUAUGCUUUCCAGACGACUUUAGUCCAGUUAAUAUGAACCAGAAUAUACCGUGUGUACGUAUCAAAUUGCUUACUCCGGAAGAAAUCGCUCGAGAAGAGUUUUAG